UCUUUCAGUUCAGGUGGCUAGCUAGCAAUGCAUAGUACAAUUCUUGAAAACAAUAUUUAUAACCCCUCCGUGUCUACUAGAUUUUCUCAUUACUAGCUGAGAAGCACAACCUACCUCAUUAUUUGAAGCUAGCUGUUGAGAGAUCGAGUGUUUCAACUUUCAGCUAGCACUACUUUCUUUUAGAUACUACCUUUGAGUACGUAGAGAAAUGAGUUGGAGAUAUAAAGGAGGGGUGGUUCUGAUCAUUUCUGUUGUACUUUUGUGGGUUACCUCUGCAGAAGUCACCCAGGAUAUUUUCACGGACUAUGAGCACCCAUUUGUUGUAACAUAUCUUGGAAUCGCUCUAUUGGCCGCUUAUCUUCCAAUAGCAUUCAUUAGGGAUUGUUUACAGAAAUUUCUAAGACGUUCUUACCAAACUGAUGGUAAUGAUGUGGAUGAAUUCUCCAUGACUCUUGAUUCUCCCUCUAAUAAUUGCCAGAAUGGAAAUCUUGACAUUGAGCAACAACAACCAUUGGCUGAUGAAAAAUGUGUCAAAGACUUGCAUUCUCAAAAGGAAGGAAAACUAAGUGCUUUUGAUAACAAAGACGAUGUGGACAUAUUGAUACAUCAGAGAAAGCUUAGCACGAAAGAAGUUGCUACACUAAGCUUAUUCAUUGGUCCCAUCUGGUUUCUCUCAGAGUAUUGUAUGAAUGCGGCACUUGCAAGAACAAGCGUUGCCAGUACAACAAUAUUAUUCUCCACUUCAGGACUUUUCACUCUUCUAAUCAGUGCAUUAUUGGGAGAAGACUCCAUAAAUGUAGUAAAUUUGGUCUCUGUUUUCGUCAGCAUGGCUGGUGUUGCCAUGACUAUAUACGGCAAGACUUGGGAAAAAGAAUCCCAGUCAACCACAUCCUUAGACAGAAACCAUUCUAUUCUCGGGGAUUUUUUUGCUUUGCUCUCAGCUGUGACCGAUGGACUAUUCGCAGUGCUCCUUAAAAAAUAUGCUGGAGAAGAAGGAGAAAAGGUGGAUAUGCAAAAGUUCUUUGGAUAUAUUGGAUUGUUCGGCCUUGUUUCUCUCUGGUGGCUAGUAUGGCCCUUGACUGCAUUAGGAAUUGAACCCAAAUUCAUGAUUCCUGAUUCUGCUAAAACAAUUGGAGUUGUUUUUGCCAAUUGCUUUGUUGGGAGUUUCAUCUCUGAUUAUUUCUGGGCAUUAGGUGUUGUUUGGACCUCUCCACUAGUGACAGCGCUAGGUGCCUCGCUUACCAUACCACUUGCCAUGUUGGAGGACAUGGUGAUCCAUGGCCGACAUUAUUCAGUAAUUUAUAUUCUUGGCUCAAUUCAGGUAUUCCUGGGAUUUGUAAUUGCCAACCUAUCGGAUUGGUUCUCACCCAAGCUAGGAUCGCAAAUUUUGAAUUCCUUGAAGAGAUUUUUCAUCCGUCACUCUUUUUAGAAAUAUCAUUCUUUUUUAUCUUUUCCCCGUCAUCACUCGAUGAUGUGAGGCUGUAGCCUGUAGGGUUUUCAAUUUCACCAGUUAGUCUUGAUGUUUAUUGUUGUUCAAUAUGUUCUAGGCAUAGAGAGGAUAAACUUUUGUAUAUUCUAAUGAAAUAGAGCAAGGGGAAAUAUUUAUUUUUCUUCUCCCUCUUUUUGGUAUGAAUAAAAAAUUGGUCUUUCACUCGCCUUCAUCAACAAA